AUGAACACCGAGGAGCAGUAUUACGCCUCGGCGCAACUCUACAAGGAGCCGUGUGCGUUUCAGAGAGCCCAGGCGCAGGAUUACAACCCCAGCCCCCCCGCCUGCCUGUACAUGAGCAGGCAGCAGCAGACUCCUUACCCCAGCGCCUUAGGGCCUCUCGAGCAAGGCAGCCCGCCAGACAUUUCGCCUUACGAAGUGCCCCCCAUCACAGAGGAUGCCGGGGUCUCCCACCUUCACCACCAUCACCAUCACCACCCUCAUCUUCCUCCUCCCCACCAGGACGCGCUGCCUUUCGCAGACGGAGCGGACACGGGGGCGAUAGAGGAGCCCAGAGUGCAGGUGCCUUUCGCCUGGAUGAAGUCCACCAAAUCGCACGCCUGGAAGGGACAGUGGACCGGGGGGUCCUACGUGGUGGAGCCGGAGGAGAACAAGCGGACGAGGACGGCGUACACCCGGGCGCAGCUGCUGGAGCUGGAGAAGGAAUUUCUCUUCAACAAGUACAUCUCCAGGCCACGGCGAGUAGAGCUGGCCGUCAUGUUGAACUUGACCGAGAGGCACAUCAAGAUCUGGUUCCAGAACCGGCGGAUGAAGUGGAAGAAGGAAGAGGACAAAAAACGAGGGGCGGGCAACAGCAAUGACCCCGAGCAAGACUGUGUGGUGUCCUCCGGGGAGCUCCAGGGCAAGGAGGAUCUCCAGCCGUGCCCACCCGGGAACCUGCCCUCGGAGGCCUCCAGGGACCUGCUCGCCCCCAGCCUCGCCCCCAGAAGGCAGCAGGACUCUCGGUGA